AUGGCACCGGUGUCUCGGAAGGUCACCACCUCCUUCCAGGAAGAACUGUCACAGUUUAAAAGUUUCUCCUUCGACAAGAAUGGACGCCAAUUAAAAAACCAGGAUCGUAACACACAGCCUCCAUCAUCCUUCAACACAGCCUCAACCAUCAUUCAACAAAGCUUCAACCAUCCACCAACAAUGCCUCCACUAUCUUUCAAUACUGCCUUCAACAUCCUCCAACAAAUCCUCCACUCUUUUCUAAAACAGACUCAAACAUCCUCCAACACACAGCGACCUACAUCCUCCAACACAGCCUCCAAUAUCCUCCAACAAAGCUUAAACUACAAUCCACAACAAUCUCCACCAUCCUCAAACACAGACUCCACCAUCCUCCAACACAGCCUCCAUCAUUCUCCAACACAGCCUCCAUCAUCCUCCAAUACAGCUUCCAUCAUCUUCCAAAUACAGUAUCAGUCAUUCUCCAACACACCCACCACCAUCCUCCAACGCAGUAUCUACCAUCCUCCAACACAGCCGACCCCUCCUCCACUACAACCUUCACCAUCCUCCAACACAAACUCCCCAACCAGUCCCAGAACCUCCACCAUCCUCCAAUAUAUCCUACAUCAUCCUCCAACAAUACUUCCAUCAUCCUCCAACACAUCCUCCAAAAUCCACCACCACAAUCUUAACAAUCUUCCAAAAUAUCCUCCACCAUUCUCCAACACACAGUCUCCAUUAUCCUCCAACAUCUUUCAACAAAGCCUUCACCAUCCUCCAACUAAACCUCCACCAUCCUCCAACAAAGUCUCCACCAUCUUUCAUUACUCCACCAUCCUACUUUCCACAACCUCCACGAUCCCCAAACACAGCCUUAACCAUACGCCAACACAGCCUCCACCAUUCUCCAACACAACUUCCUCCAUCCUCCAAGACAUCCUCCAACACAGACUCUAUCAUUCUCCAACGCUGCCCCCACAAUCUUUCAACAUUGAGUCUGUAACACGAUAA